AUGAAGGUCUUGUUGACGACGUUGCUGACGUUGGGAAGUGUCGUUGCUGUGGUGGAACUGGCCAGGAUGGGGACGCCGCAAGACGAGGAGCUCAAGAAUCUGAUGAACCAACUGUCUGCUCUGAGACUACAACUUGCUCUGUGUUUAGGAGGGGAGAGAGCGGGACCCACGGUUGAACACACGAAGGAAGGGGCUAUGUUGGAAGGCAGGAAGGGAAAUAUGCAAGAUGGUGGUAUGGUGGACAUGAGGAAGCUGAUACUUCUAGCUGGUAUUGAGAAGUUAACAGAGGCCGUGGAAGAAUGCGAAGACACAGCCACAACUGAAGGGGUCACGGAAGCUGCCCCAGCGAGAAGAGAAGUAGGCGAUGAAGACGAUGACGAUGACGAUGAUGAUGCCGGCGACGAUGAUGCAAAAAGAGACUCCGAUGAUAAUGAUGAUGAUGAUGAAGAAGACGACGACGAUGAUGAUGCUAAAAGAGACUCCGAUGAUAAUGAUGAUGAUGAUGAAGAAGACGACAACGAUGAUGAUGCUAAAAGAGACACCGAUGAUAAUGAUGAUGAUGAUGAAGAAGACGACGACGAUGAUGCAAAAAGAGACACCGAUGAUAAUGAUGAUGAUGAUGAAGAAGACGACGACGAUGAUUAUGCUAAAAGAGACACCGAUGAUAAUGAUGAUGUGCAUGACAAGGAACACAUGGCUUGUAGUCAAUAA